AUGAAAGCAGCCCUUGCCACGGGCAAGGACCAGUCGAUCUCAGUGCUCCCUGCUCUGGCUGAGGAUGCUCUGGGCUGGCAGGAUGAGGCUGGUGACCUUGGGGAUCUUGCUCAUGCUUGUCCAUGCAUCAGCAGCCUGUGAGUUUGGGUCCUUCUCUUACAGCCUGACGGGGAUUGUCUGCAGGAUGACCAAGCCUGCGGCGCUGCUGCUGAACCAGGAGACGGCGCAGGUCAUCCAAGCAGCGUUCAGGAAUGCCCAGUUCCCAAAUAUCACGGGGGAAAGGUCCAUGCGGCUGCUGGGCAAGGUGUCUUACGGGCUGACCAACAUCCAGGUCAAUGACUUGUCCAUCGAGCAGAGCGAGGUGGAGCUGAGGGAGGACGAUGCCAUCCACAUCAGCAUUAGGAAUGUGACAGCCACCUUCAAAGGGACCCUGACCUACGGCUACGCCGGGGCAUGGCUCUUGAAGCUUUUUCAUUCAGUUGAUUUUGAAAUCCACUCUUCCAUUGACCUCCAGAUAAACACUGAACUGAUGUGCCAGAAGGACAAAGUGACCCCUGAUGCCUCAGACUGCUACCUGACUUUCCACAAACUGACACUCCACCUCCAAGGAGACAAGGAGCCAGGCUGGCUGAAGCAGCUCUUCACCGACUUCAUCUCCUUCACUUUGAAGCUUGUUCUCAAGAGUGAGGUGUGCAAAGAAAUCAAUUCUCUUGCCCAGAUGCUGGCAAAUUUUAUACAAGAUUUAGCAGAAAAUUUUGUCCAGGAUGGGGAUAUCAAAGUUGACCUAUCCCUUGCAUCAGCUCCUUUAAUAAAAGCAAAUUAUCUAGAAUCACAUCACAAGGGCCUUGUUGUGUACAAGAACUACUCUGAUGUCUUCAGUGACUCUAUUUACUCCCCGCCUCUGCUGACUGAGUCCAGGAUGCUCUACUUCUGGCUGUCUGAGCAUGUCCUCAGCUCUCUGGCUUCAGCAGCUUUCUUAGAUCAGCGCCUGCUGUUGACCAUCAGAGGGGAGGAGUUGCAGGCGCUGUUCGAAACAGAAGACACGGCAGAGCAGCAGAAGGCAGUGCAGAUGAUUUUUCAAGGCACCUCCUAUAACAACUCAGUGGCCAAGGUGUGGAGUCUUGCCCAGCCCCAGAUCUCUGUUCAGCCUGAAGGGACAAUCGUGAAGUCCUUGGUAGCCAUGGAGGUCAGCAUCUUUCCCCCAGGAGAAGAGCCCCUGGUGGUUCUGUACAUGGAGAAGGAAACCACAGUGACCAUCCAAGCUGCCUAUGCAGAGAAGAAACUCAUCUUGCACCUUUUAGAUUCCAGGAUAGAGUCUAAAGCCUUUCAAUGCACGGCUGAUCCAAGUGGGAAUGACCCAUCCAUAAGAAACUUCCUGAAGACAAUGAUCUCAGUUGUUGGGAUCCCAGAAGUGAUUUCAAGGAUUGAACUAGCUUUGACUUCGCUGAUGAACAGCAAAGGGCUCCACCUAUUUGAUAUCAAAAAUCCUGAGAUCAUCACAAGAAAGGGCUACGUAAUCGUACAGCUCGACUUCAGCUUCCCCAACCAUUUGCUGCUUGAUUUUCUCGAGAAAAGAUUAUAGAGCUGAUCUCUUCAUAAAGGAGCACAGGAACUUGCAUACAGACUGAACGAUUGUAUGUGAACCCAUUAAAGAUGAGCUGAUUUCAA